GCGGCGCUGUGCCCCGGGCUAGGGCUCCGACGCGAGGCAGCUCGUGCAAACGCGGUGUCUUUGUUUGGGGAGCUUUAGGAUGGYGACUGCCAAGGCUUGGGUUCUGAAGAAGCAUUUUGAAGGUUUCCCCAAACCCAGUGACUUUGACCUGAAGAAGAUUGAGCUCCCCAAACUAAAGGAUGGAGAGAUUCUCCUGGAAUCAGUGUUUCUCAGUGUUGAUCCUUACAUGAGACCUUACAGUAAAAGGGACAUGAAAGAAGGAGACAUAAUGAUAGGUACGCAGGUUGCCAGGAUUAUAGAAAGCAAAAAUCCUGCUUUUGUCGUGGGAUCCUUUGUAGUGGCUAAUGCUGGUUGGAGAACUCAUUUCAUCUCCAGUGGGAAAGAUCUUUAUCCUCUUCCUCCUACSUGGCCUGAAUCUCUCCCCAAAUCUCUAGCUCUUGGGACAGUCGGCAUGCCUGGCCUCACUGCAUAUUUUGGUCUGUUGGAAGUCUGCAAGAUAAAGCCAGGAGAUACGGUGCUGGUUAAUGCAGCGGCUGGAGCUGUGGGCUCUGUGGUGGGACAACUUGCUAAAAUUGGAGGUUGCAAAGUGGUUGGCUGUGCUGGCUCAGAUGAAAAGGUUGCUUUUCUGAAAAAAAUUGGCUUUGAUGAAGCCUUCAAUUACAAGACUGUUACAUCUUUGGAGGAAGCACUGCGUAAAGCCUCUCCUGAUGGCUAUGACUGUUUCUUUGAUAACGUGGGUGGAGAAUUCACCAGUGUAGCCAUUCACCAGAUGAAGAAGUACGGGAGGAUUGCCGUCUGUGGAGCUAUCUCCAUGUACAACGACUCGGUGCCUCAGAAAGGACCUUACAUGCAGUAUCCAAUGAUCUUCAACGAGCUUCGAAUGGAAGGGUUUAUUGUUCACCGCUGGAAUAACCGCCGGGAGGAAGGUCAAAAGGCACUCCUAAAAUGGGUCCUGGAGGGUAAAAUUAAGUACCAUGAACAAAUCACUGAAGGAUUUGACAAUAUGCCAGCAGCUUUCAUGGGAAUGUUAAAAGGAGAAAAUCUUGGAAAAGCUGUUGUAAAGGUCUGAAGGUCACAUAUCCUGUUUCUGAAAUAUUGCCACAGGAGGAUGUGAUUCUACUUAAGUGCCUUUGCCUUAUUAUUCAAAAGGCACAUUGCUGUCUCUUUGCUGAAUGUUUUGUGAUGAUAACUUUUUAAAGURCUUUUUCUAAUAAGUAGGUGUAUGCAAAUGGUUUGGCUUUUGAAGAACUUGAGAAUGUUCUCCAAACCUAUAUACAAAGUCCAGAAACUAUUAMAGUUAGUUAUUAUUAUGCAUAAGAAAACCGUAACUAUAAUAGUUUAAGUCAAAUUUCACCAAAGUUGAUUUGAAACAAAUUUAAGUUGGCUUGUAGAAAGGAAAUGACAGAUUUUGCCUGUUAAUGACACAUUUCAUUACUAACGCCUAUUGUUUUGCCUAAAACUUUGCUAUAGGGGAAGAGGCUAACAGACAGGGAUUUCCAUUUGCUCAUGUGGAUGGUUGACUUUUUUAAUCUUCUCAUUUACCUUCUU